GUGCUGCCCGCCAUAACCACGGCCAUGGUGAGCGUUCGAUUCUGUUCUUUUGAUCGUUAGGCGAGUACACGCCGUUGGCAGUGUGUCGCCCUCUAGGCUGUUUCUGUCACAUAGGCUGGAUGAGUACACAGGGUGCCUACAGAACCUGGGAUAAGUACACAGGGUACCUACAGUGCCUGGGAUAAGUACACAGGGUACCUACAGUGCCUGGGAUAAGUACACAGAGUACCUACAGAGCCUGGGAUAAGUACACAGGGUACCUACAGUGCCUGGGAUAAGUACACAGGGUACCUACAGAUUAGCAACAGGCUGAAACGCCUUAAACGAUGUUUUGUCUUGAUAGCUUUCAGUAAACCUACCAGCAUUUUUAUUCAAGUGCCGGCCUGUGAUCUUUGCUGGCCAGAUAAAUAUGCACGAUCCCGCGUUAAUUGCUGGGCCAAUUAUUCAUCUGCUGAACUAGAGUGAGUAAGGUUCAGUCUGUGGCUAAGAUGGCGGUGUGGUAUAUUGUCUUGAUGCUGGUGUGGCUGUGUUACACCCGUCUAACUAAUGCGUCCACCUGCUCGUGGUCUAACGAAGGCUGCAACGAUGACAGCGAGUGCUGUAGCAAGUCGUGCUUUCUGGCUCACGAGGGUACCAACGCUAGGUGUCGCCACAGUACCCUCGGGGAGAGAUGUGUUUUCGAUUACCAUUGUCAGGAUACGCUCGUGUGUGGCAGCCACUUCAACUGCUGCUCUCCCUUCUGGAAGAUUUGUAUCAAAGACUCAGACUGCUGCGAGCCGGUUCACGUCUGCCGAGCUGCCGUGGGCUAUCUCUACAACCGGUGCCUGUUUGCACACUCCACCCCCGCGGUCUACAGAAACAUUUACCACCAUUUACCUCUGCUUCUUUCUUCUGCUUUAGUCAGCUGGAUGCUUCUCAAGUACUGGCUACAACGAGACUGAUACAAAACUUUAAACUUCCAGAAUGAUAAAAUACACAUUUUUACAUGACGUAAUAUUCAUUAAUGAUACAUUAAUUCAACUGACAAUUGUAUUGUAACUUCCAUAAAUCAUAAUGAUAAAAUACAAUUAUUACCCAUAUAUUAAUAUUCAUUAAUUGAUACAUUAAUAAUUUUUAUACCGAUAAUUAUAUCAUUAAAAUUAACUGCUUGAUUUAAGUAACAAGGACUAUAGUGAUAGCUAACAAUUUAUAAACUAUUGUUUUUAGUGCUGAUUUGUUGACAUUUUUUACUUGGUGAAGGCAAGUUAGCUAAUACUCCCAAGCGUGAACAUUAUGGUUUAGGUCUUAAUUUAUCUACUACUUCAUAAACAGUUGACACCAGAGUGAUUUGAAUAUAAGUGAUAUUUUUUCUAAAACUCAUAUUUCAAUUUGUGUUAUUGAGUUAUUGUUAAAGAAACAAUUUACAAUUUUUAAAUAUUUACAUUUUAGAAAACAAUGUCUAUGCCUUCAAACAAAAAGUCGUUCUUAUUGUGAUUGAGAAAAAAAGAUAGGUCUAUUCAUGGAGUGAAAAUCAAUGGUAAAAUCAUAUGGCAUAGGGUCAUCUUGUACUGUCAAUUCCAUUUUCCAUUCAAGCAAAUGGACAAAAAGAAAUUAAAAUCAUAAUUUUUAAUUGACAAUGGAGCAAAGUGCUAUUAAAUUUGUAUGUCUACAUUUGUAUGAUGUCUAAACAAUUAUGUUGUUAUGUGGGUAAAGUUGGUAAGCUUUGCCCAAUCAUAAUUUUGUGUAGAAGAUAUAUAUAAAUCAGAUAUGUAAUUUUUAUUUGAAGCUUUUCACUUUUUAAAGUGUUUUUAGUAUACCACACAGUAUUGAUUAUUAUAGAAUGAUCUAUAUCCAGUUCAGUUGGUUUCGCUUUUUUUUUCCUUUUUGUUUAUUUUUUAGAAAUGACUAUUUAAUUUUAAAAUAUUAAAUAGUGUGUAUUUAGAAAUUAGUGUUAAAACUGAUAGAGAACAUUAUUUAGCUAAAACUGGAUU